CGGCCCCGCGGCGGCGGCGGCGCGUCACGCUCUCCCCCGCCCCGAGCCGACGAGCCGGGAGGCGGGAGGCGGCAGCAGUGCUGCUGCUGCUGCUUCUGCUGCUGCUGCAGUGAGGCAGGUGGCGGCGACUGGCGGCGACCGAGGCGGCGGCCGGCGGUCAGUUGCAGUGCGUGGCCCGAAAGAGCUGGAUUUAGCCCCCAGACUGACUUCACUAUAGAAACACCCACAGUUGUACCAAUGGUUGGGAGAAGAUAGUGACAACAGGGAAAGGCAAAGCCACUCUGCACUCUACGGACAAUGAGCACGCUGAAGCCAAGCGGGCUGAAGGUCCCCACCAAGAUCCUGAAGCCAGGAAGCACAGCCUUGAGGCCACCUGCUGCUGUUGCAGCUCCAGUAGAAAAAACAAUAUCCAGUGAAAAAGCAUCAAGCGCUCCAACCUCUGAGACACAAGAGGAGAUUGUGGAUGACUUUCGAGUUGGGGAGCGAGUUUGGGUGAACGGAAAUAAGCCUGGAUUUAUCCAGUUUCUGGGAGAAACCCAGUUUGCACCAGGCCAGUGGGCUGGAAUUGUUUUAGAUGAACCCAUAGGAAAGAAUGAUGGGUCAGUGGCAGGAGUUCGGUAUUUCCAAUGUGAACCUUUAAAGGGCAUAUUCACCCGACCUUCAAAGUUGGCGAGGAAGGUGCAGGCUGAAGAUGAAGCUAACGGCCUGCAGACGACUCCCGCUUCCAGAGCGACUUCGCCUCUGUCCCCUUCUGCAGCCAGCAUGGCGGCGUCCUCCCCAGCCAUCCCCUCAACUGUUCCUCAGAAAUCGUCCCAGCCACCAGCCAAGGAAGCUUCAGCUACGCCGCCGAUCAGCAACCUUACAAAAACUGCCAGUGAAUCCAUCUCCAACCUUUCAGAGGCUGGCUCCAUCAAGAAAGGAGAAAGAGAGCUCAAACUUGGAGACCGAGUAUUGGUUGGUGGCACUAAGGCUGGUGUCGUCCGGUUUCUCGGGGAGACAGACUUUGCCAAGGGGGAAUGGUGUGGUGUGGAGUUAGAUGAACCGCUCGGGAAGAAUGAUGGGGCUGUUGCUGGAACAAGGUAUUUUCAGUGUCAACCCAAAUACGGCCUGUUUGCUCCUGUCCACAAAGUGACCAAGAUUGGCUUCCCGUCCACUACGCCAGCCAAAGCCAAGGCCGCUGCUGUGCGGCGAGUGAUGGCGACCACGCCCGCCAGCCUGAAGCGCAGCCCUUCUGCCUCCUCCCUCAGCUCCAUGAGCUCGGUGGCCUCGUCCGUGAGCAGCAAGCCCAGUCGGACAGGAUUAUUGACCGAAACCUCCUCCCGUUAUGCCAGGAAGAUCUCCGGGACCACUGCCCUCCAGGAGGCCCUGAAGGAGAAGCAGCAGCACAUUGAGCAGCUGCUGGCUGAACGGGACCUAGAGAGGGCAGAGGUGGCCAAGGCCACGAGCCACGUGGGGGAAAUAGAGCAGGAGCUAGCUCUGGCCCGGGACGGACACGACCAGCAUGUCCUGGAGUUGGAGGCCAAGAUGGACCAGCUGCGAACAAUGGUGGAAGCUGCUGACAGGGAGAAGGUGGAGCUUCUCAACCAACUUGAAGAAGAGAAAAGGAAGGUUGAGGACCUUCAGUUCCGGGUUGAGGAAGAAUCAAUUACUAAAGGAGAUCUUGAGCAAAAGAGCCAGAUUUCUGAAGAUCCUGAGAAUACGCAGACCAAACUGGAGCAUGCCCGCAUUAAGGAGCUUGAACAGAGCCUGCUCUUUGAAAAGACCAAAGCUGACAAACUCCAGAGGGAGUUAGAAGACACUAGGGUUGCUACAGUAUCAGAAAAGUCUCGUAUAAUGGAACUAGAAAAAGACCUAGCGUUGAGAGUACAGGAAGUAGCUGAGCUGCGAAGAAGGCUAGAGUCCAAUAAGCCUGCUGGGGAUGUUGAUAUGUCACUAUCCCUUUUGCAAGAGAUCAGCUCUUUGCAAGAAAAGUUAGAAGCCACCCGCACUGACCACCAGAGGGAAGUCGCUUCUCUGAAGGAGCAUUUUGGAGCCCGAGAAGAAACACAUCAGAAGGAGAUGAAGGCUCUUCAGGCUGCCACAGAGAAGCUUUCCAAAGAGAACGAGUCCCUGAAAAGCAAGCUGGAUCAUGCCAAUAAGGAGAACUCGGAUGUGAUCGCUCUGUGGAAGUCCAAGCUGGAGACGGCCAUCGGGUCCCAACAGCAGGCAAUGGAGGAGCUGAAGGUGUCCUUCAGCAAGGGCGUUGGGAUGGAGACAGCAGAACUGGCCGAGCUGAAGACUCAAAUCGAGAAAAUGAGACUGGAUUACCAGCACGAAAUAGAGAAUCUGCAGAAUAAACAAGACUCGGAACGGUCGGCUCAUGCCCAAGAGAUAGAAGCCGUCAGGGCUAAGCUAAUGAAGGUCGUUAAAGAGAAAGAGAACAGUCUGGAAGCCAUCAAAUCAAAACUGGACAAAGCAGAAGACCAGCAUCUAGUAGAAAUGGAGGACACCUUAAACAAAUUACAGGAAGCUGAAAUAAAGGUAAAGGAGCUAGAUGUAUUACAAGCCAAAUGCAAUGAACAAACCAAGGUUAUUGAUAAUUUUACAUCACAGCUCAAGGCUGCCGAGGAAAAGCUCUUGGAUCUUGAUGCACUUCAGAAAGCCAGUUCCGAAGGUAAAUCGGAAAUCGAGAAACUUAGACAGCAGCUUGAGGCAGCCGAGAAACAGAUUAAAAAUUUAGAGAUUGAAAAGAAUGCUGAAAGUGGCAAGGCUAGUAGCAUUACCAAAGAGCUGCAGGGAAAAGAGCUAACGCUUAAUAACCUUCAGGAAAACUUGAGUGAAGUCAGUCGGGUGAAAGAGGCUUUGGAAAAAGAACUUCAGAUUUUGAAAGAAAAGUUCGCUGACGCUUCAGAGGAAGCGGUCUCUGUCCAGAGAAGUAUGCAAGAAACUGUAAAUAAAUUACACCAAAAAGAGGAGCAGUUUAAUGUGCUGUCUUCUGAAUUGGAGAAGUUGAGAGGAAAUUUAACAGAGAUGGAGGCAAAAUUCAGAGAGAGAGGUGAAAGAGAAGAGCAAUUGAUAAAGGCGAAAGAAAAACUGGAAAAUGACAUUGCAGAAAUAAUGAAGAUGUCAGGAGAUAAUUCUUCUCAGCUGACAAAAAUGAAUGAUGAGUUACGUCUGAGAGAAAGAAAUGUAGAAGAAUUACAGCUAAAACUUACAAAGGCUAAUGAAAAUGUAAGUUUUAUGCAGAGAAGUAUUGGGGAAGUAACUCUCAAAGCUGAACAGAGCCAGCAAGAAGCAGCUAAAAAGCAUGAGGAAGAAAAGAAAGAAUUGCUGGAAAAAUUGUUGAACCUGGAAAAGAAGGUAGAAAUGAGCCACAACCAGUGUCAAGAUCUGAAAGCCAGGCAUGAAGAAGUGAGUUCUGAGACAAAGGCAAAGCACGAGGAAGUCCUGCGGAACCUACAGACGAAGCUCUUGGACUCCGAGGAGAGGCUGAACGCUGCGCGAAAGGAGAACAGUGACUUGUUGCAGGAGAUGGUGGAACUGAAAAAACAAGCUGACAAAGCCAAAGCUGCUCAAACAGCAGAAGAUGCCAUGCAGAUAAUGGAACAGAUGACCAAAGAGAAGACCGAAACUCUGGCCUCCUUGGAGGAUACCAAGCAAACAAAUGAAAAACUACAGAAUGAAUUGGAUACACUUAAAGAAAACAACUUGAAAAAUGUGGAAGAGCUGAACAAAUCAAAAGAGCUUCUGACUGUAGAGAAUCAAAAAAUGGAAGAAUUCAGGAAAGAAAUAGAAACCCUAAAGCAGGCAGCCGCUCAGAAGUCCCAGCAGCUUUCAGCAUUGCAAGAGGAGAACGUGAAACUUGCCGAGGAGCUGGGGAGAAGCAGGGACGAAGUCACGAGUCAUCAAAAGAGCCAGAAAGGACUCAGAAGGAGGCAUCUCGGGGCCUGGGCAGAGGUUUGCAGGGCUCCGCUCCAUCCUCCAGCUCGUGCUCGUUUGCAUCUUGGGAUUUGAAUUGCCUUCCCUUUGAAAAGGUUCUGUGACUGAAAAUCUGAAACUCAGUGACUUUGAAGGGUGUUAGAAAACAGCGCCUGCAAGGAACAACUAAGAAAACCACUUCUCUUUGAAGAAUGGGGUUGUUAUGCCCUUCGCAGUUUUCUGUGUUUUACUCAGGAGAGGAAGACAAGUGGGUUUGGACUAAAGCAUAAUAGGCUUCGAUGCUAGAGAUCGUUAACAAUGAUAUUAAUUACCAGGAAAGAUUACAGAUUAUUCUUCCCUUGAGACGUAUGUGUAUACAUAUGAUUUCAAAAAAGUAGAGAGAAGCACCCAUUUAAAAUACCUUAGAAGCAACCAUAGUCUAAAGAAGACUGAUUAAUUCAUUGGCUUCCUUGGUCUUCUUGUAUAAUCUCCAGGGCUCCAGAGUACUGCUUACUUAGGUGAAAUUACGAAUUUUCACUUGGUUACUUUCUAUAGUCGAGCCAACCUAUUGAUCAGCUACAUUCAGAAAUAUACUACAGAGUCAGUGUUGGGCAGAAGUCCUAUUUUUUUAAAAAAGAAAGACUUUUAAUUAUAGUACUAUAGAAAUAUUUAGAGUUUGGUUCUAAAAAUUAGUACAGCGAAGCCGAGAUUGACGUGGGCUAGAUGGAUACGGACCUAGGACCUGAGUUCUCUCCUGACUCCCUGUUUCGUAGCGCCUAAAUUCAUUGAGCGUUUUGUGAGCUGAUUGCCAUGCUAGGUUUCACAGAAUUAUCACAACAUACCCUUGAGGUAGUAAGGUUGCUUUGUAGACGAGGAAGCUGAGGCUCACAAGUUGAAGUAACUUGCACAGGACACACAGCUAGGCAGUGGAGGAGCCGGAUCUGAACUCGUGUCUGACCAUCUCAGAAGCCUGUUCCCCCGCUUCUCCCCAGCACCGAGACUAAAGCAUAUUUCUACUUACUUCAUGGUUACUGUUAACACAAAGUACCAGUGAGCCCGUCUGGGGUAGGUGGGCUCAAAUGGUGCUGUAAAAUGCACUCUCAUUUCUAACGGUAGAUACUUUUUCUGCCUCAAAUAUUUGUUUUGCUUAGAAAACCCAAGACAUCCCAGAAUCUGUUCGGCAUCUUAAGACUCUCACUGGGAUUAUUGGCCAAAGAUUUUGACUUCCUGAGGCGGUUCCUUCAUGAUGAGGGCUGUUUGAUUUCCUGCCUGUCAUUUGGAAGUGAAGCUAUUGGUUGAAAUAAAUGAAUCCCUGCCUCCCUGGGAUGGUGGUUUUGGAGACCAUUCUCUCUUUGUAUCCCCUUAAAAAGGUGAUGUAGGAAAUUCUGAAGUUAAGACCGGGUGCUCGAAGGUGGAGAGUGAAGACAGUGUCCAGUUUUCCUUAGAAACCUUCAUUGACUUGACUGACAAGCCGGCACCCAGGGCCCCUGUGAAGAAGUAGUUUAACAAUGGAAAGGCUCACCUGUUUGCUUCUAGUCGUCUAGGAGGGAGCUGCCAAAGCCAGAAACAGAGCCCGCGGGGGUGCCCGCUUUGUUGUCUGCUCUCCCCAUCAGGCAGUCUCCCUUCCAAUGAAAACGGUUUAAAUUGCCUUUCCCAAGUGGGAUCUUUCAUUUUACGGGGGGAGAGGAGCGACAACCAGGAUCAGUUAGGAUUGUGGGGGGCGCAGGGCUUGAUUUACCUGGCAUCAGCAGUAACAGAAAUCUUUAUAAAUGUCUCAUGGAGUGCCUCGUCUUUUAAGAGAAUAGAUUAGAUUGAACAAUAUGAAAUUGCUGCUGUUCCGCAAUGUCAUAUGGUUCCACUGAAUAGUUAACAUAAUUUCUUGUUUUUUGAUGACUGACUAUUAUGAAGAUUGUUGUUAUAACUGCUAUUGACUAUUCACUCACAUUGUUUCCUGCCUGAUGGCCUGACUUGUUUACUGCUGCUUCACAUUGCUUGUGUGUGUGUUAAAAUAUUAAUAUACACAACAUAAAAUUGACUGUUUUAACCAUUUUUAGUGUACUGUUUAGUGGCGUUUGGUACAUUCGCAAUGUUGUGCAGACAUCUCCUCAGUCUAGUUCCAGAAUGUCUGCAUCACCCCGCAAGGAAACCCCUUUCUCCCUCCUCCCAGCCCCUGACAACCACUGGUCUAUGUUUUGUCUAUUCUGGACAUUUUAUAUCAAUGGGAUCAUAUAACAUGUGUCCAUCUGUGUCUGGCUGCUCUCACUCAGUGUCAAGUUUUCAAGGUUCAUCCAUGUUGUAGCGUGUCGGUGCUUCGUUCCUGUUCAUGGCUGAGUAGUGUUUUAUCGAGUGGAUAGACAGCAUUUGCUUAUCCAUUUGCUCCAGGCGAUUUAUGUCUCCUUUCUCCAUCCACACUGUCCCGUGUCCCUCCUGCUGUCUGCAUUCCUGCCUGUAGCCAGACUGCUAACUGCCCGUUGGCUCUCCUGUGGGUUGGGAAAUCCUUCUCAUUUCCCUGAAAGCAGCUCUAAAUCUUCCCACAUUGUCCACACUUACAGCCCCAACUUGUCCUUACCUUUACUUCCCAACUUUUAAACAGAGCAUUGUGUUUUCUGCCUCUACCGUUCCCCUCCCGUUUCCUUCCCAGCCCUCUGCAGUCUGCUGCUUGCCACCCCCAGCGCACCACCGAUGUGACUUGCGCUUGAGUCCCCGCUUACCUAAUGAAGGCACAGACGCGCGGCUUCCUUCCUUCUCCGGAGCCUUUGGCGCCACCCCCCUCACCCCUGGCUUUUUUCCACCUGUGACUUGUGCCACACCGUUGGCUCUUGCUUCUCUGCUCCUCCUGCCACACCUGGCCACCUCCUCUCGCGUGCCUGUUCUUACACCUCUUCUCCCUUCCCCGUUGGGUGAACUUCUCUUCAUUUGUAGAGGCCCACCCUAAAUGUCAUCACCUCUCAGAGGUAUCUGCUUCCUUCUUUGUGUUCAGUAGCAGUCGUCACCGUUCUCUAUUUGUAACACUUAGAGCAAUGUAUUGUGGUUGUUUCUUAUGUUUCUCUUCCCACACAGGCUAUGACAUAGUAGGAAUCAGAGAGAUUAUAUGUUAGGUAGGAAUGAAUGAAUGAAUGAUGUGAGUAUCCAGUUUUCAGCCAGGGCCUCGGGUCCUGUUUUACAGUAUAAGGUGUAGCGAGUUCGUGACUGCUCUUUCAACUUCCUUAUGUGACUCUGGUUACUUCCACUUUACAGCUUUGUGGCAGAGAGUUGUGACUCUCAAAGCCUGAUCACAAAAUGAGCGUGGCAUUUGCAGUGCGUGGAUGGUAGAAGCGUACUGUGCGCAUUCAGGCGGGGUCUCAUAGCUUCAAGAUGAAUGGAAACCACACAGAGCAUUAUUUCUUUUCAUAGAGAAUGCUAGAAUACUAAAGAUAAUCAAAUUGAUGCGAGUUCUUCUAUUCACAUAGUCAUCUGUGGAAGUCACUUUUGAGAUGUCUGAUUUAUCAUCCCCAAACCUCACAUGUAUUCCCCUUUGUAAGGACUGCAAAUACACUCAGCUGUCACUAUGGGAACAGUGCUGGUUCUCCCCCUAGUUAUUUUCAAAAUGAGGUUACAGUUUGCCUGUGGAAACUGGACAUUGAUUAGAUGACUCAAUAACUGUAUUUCAUCAACAGUUUUUCCCGACAGAGCUUAUAGCAGAUGUAGUCUACAAAAGACUGGGGUUAUCAUCUAAAUUGAUCCAUGAAUAAUUGCCUGCCUUUUAAAUGAGCCUGAAUUCCCAGACAUGAAUAUUUAGAAAGGGAAUGCUAUUUUUAGCUUGUCAUGUUUUAUUUUGGAAAAGUGAUCAUCAGCCAUCAUAAUUUUAAUCCGGGCCCAGGGGGCUUCCGGGUAAGUAGGGCUGAAUGAAGCUGAAUCACAGACUCGCCCCCUCUCAGUCCCUAAUGAAGUGAGCACACUGUUUUGAUUAUUAAAAAAUGUCUGCAGGAAAAUCCAGCAAAGCCCAUCAACUUCAUGCUGUAAAUGUUGACAUUGACAAUGAAGAAAAGAAACAGGAAUUGUGGUUUGACUGUUAGACAUUGUGUUCACAGUGGUAAGAGAAAGGAAAACAAAUAGCAAAAUCCUUAGAAUUUUCAUUCUAAUUCUCCCCAUCCUCAUGCCCAGUGCAGUUUCGAGAAAAUUAGCCUGGGGAAAAGUCAAGGAGAAAUCUUUGAGGCUUAAAGCCCCUUCUACACCUCAGGAUUCUACCAGAGGCAGGAAAAACCGCUAGCUGUCAUUUUCCAGUCUAGCCUUAAGUUCAUGGGAGUGGGUGGGCUUUUUUCUCAAAUGAUCCUAAGUCCACAGGAAGGCAGUCCCGGGUGGGUUCAGCCUCUCAGUAAUGUCCUCAUGGAAGCUGGCGUUUCUUUCUGCUCUUCUGCUGUCCUUGGCAUUGGCUUUCAUUCUCUCCAUCACCAUGGCUGCUGUUGUACCUCCAAGCACUGCAGACCUUCCCAGGAGGAAGCAGGGAAGGGACAAGGUGAGGAAAGGCAGAGGGCUUCCCCGUCACAGGGCCUUUCUUUUAAUUAGGAGAGGAAAGUUCAGAUCUCUCUAACAGUGUCACAGGUAGGCAGUCCUCCAGCCAUACACGAGACUGCCCUUUCCUGUCUCUAGGGAGGGGAGGUAACAAAGGAAGUGAGAGUAGGUGUUGAAAUAUCUGCCUGGGGCUGAAGCCUGAGGACACGCUCCUGCAGGAAUAGGAUCGCCUCUGUUCAGAUGCGCUGAAUGAGAUACAGGACAGUAAAAGACAAAGCUCCGAAAAGCACUUGCCCCAAGGGCCCUGUGGCUGCAGCAGUGUACAGACCACAGUGCCCAGCCUUUCACCUGUAGCUUGGAGAUGAAGAUUAAAGGUCUCAGAUAAAGGGGGGAGGGCAUCAGGAAAGAUGCAUUUACGUUACAUGUGAGUGAAUGGAAGGUGUAGGUAGAGCUGCCCAUAGUAAGAUGAACAGUUGAAUACACAUUGUACCAAAAGAGGAAAAAAAGAAAAGAAAGGAACACAGGAAUCCAAAGAGAGAUGAGGAUUUCAGGCCAUGAGAAAACAUGAUGCAAAGUAAAAUACUGCUUUAUGGUAUAUAAAAACUUAAGUGAUUUAAAUAAAACAGCUGUUCAGAGAGGAGAACGAAGUGACACAAAUUGAACAGAGAGUUAAGGAAAAAAAUUGAAGACCAAAACCACACUAUAUCAGAACUAGGAAACAAAGGAACCAAAAGGAACCUUACGAACAUUUCUAAAAAUAUAAAGGAAAGGCUUGAGCUAAUCAUAAUAAAUAAAGAGGAAAACAGUCAAAGAUAUUAAAGAAUUAAUAGAAAGAUAACUAUGGAGGACAAAGAUAAUCCAAAUGAGUAUAAUUAGCAUCCUUGAAGUAAAGAACUCAACAAAUGCAAUAGAAGAAAGUAUUAGGAGAUAGAAAGAAAUUUCCCCCCAAGUGAAGGAAGAACUGAAUCUGCAGAUAGGAAGGACACAGUGGGUUGUGUAGAGACCCAGGAAGGGAACCCACGGGGGGAAAUUAGUCCAAAGUAAAUGACACCAAAAAAUACCCUGAUUACUAUUGAACUUCAAGGAGGUGCUUGGGCAGAAAAAGCAGAUUCCUUAUAAAAAGGUAAAAAACCAACAUACUGCAGCCACAUUCAAUGUCAGAAAACUGUGGUGCACUCUUUCCAAAGUUCUGAGGGACAGAAAACAUGAAGAAGAGCAUUGUAUCCAGGCAAUUAUUACUCAGGUAAGAAGGUAGGCAGAGGUUCUCAAACAUGAAACAACUUAGAAGCUGUAGCUUCCUGAGUCCUUCCAGAAACGACUUCAUAAAACCUGGCCAAUCAAAAUACAGGACUUAACUAAAGAGAAACUGGUAAAAGGACUGGUGGUGAGAAUUAAAUCCAAGUAGACAAACAGCUAUGCUAACAGUUUAGGGAAUUACAGAUACGGAGUAGAAUUGUGUUUUUAACUUUUUAUUUGGAGAUCACUUCAAACUUUGCAAAAGUAAAAAUAGAACAGAGCGCUCAUAUACUCCAAGGACUUGUUUUUACCUAGCCGUAGUGCAGUUAUCACACUCGGGAAGUUUAACACUGUUACGUACAGACCGUAUUCCUAUUGAGGCAGUGGUCCCAGUUUCAUCCUUUGUAGCUUUUAUUCCCCCUUCAUCCAGAUCCAAUCCAGGAUCACGCAUCUCACUCACUGAGUUGUCAUGUCUUUUUAGUCUUCUUUACUUGGAACGUUUCCUCUGCCUUUCUCUGUCUUUUAUGACUUGACUUUUGGAAAAAAACAGGCCAGUCAUGUUGUAUAAAAUCUUCAUUUUGUUUGUCUGAUGUUUCAGGAUGAUGGCAUUCAGGCUCUGCAUUUUUAGCAGGAAAAUUAUAUAUAAGUCAGCUGGAUCCUGCCAGGAGGCACGGGUUGUGGCUUGAUGUUCAUUUUGAUCAUUCAGUGAAUGUAAGUCUAAAACACCUGCAAGGUGGAAAGAAAAAAGAGACAAAAUCUAA